CUGACGCGGCUGCCCUUGUGGUGCGCCGACGUGGUGGAGAGGCGGGCCUUACUAAGAGAUGCAAAGCGGAGGCUGCAGCAGUUUAAGCAGCAGCAGCAGCAGCAGCAACAGCAGCUUCUGCAGCAACAGCAGCAACAACAGCUUCUGCAGCAGCAGCAACAACAACAGCUUCUGCAGCAUCAGCAGCAGCAGCAGAACUUGCAACAGCAAGAGCGAGCAGAAGACAGCGUUGCAGAUGCCUAUGUGGAAUCAUCGCUGCAGCAGCAGCAGCAGCAGCAGCAGCAACAGCAGCAGCAACAGCAAACGCAGAAAGCUGGGCAACAGGCGCACAAACAGCAGGUCGAACCGCAGCAGCAACAGCAGCAGCGGGAGCACGGGAUGGAGCAGCAGCAGCAAUUGGAGCAGCAGCGGCAGCAGCAGCAACGCGAGCAGCAGCAGCAGCAGCAGCAGAUGCAGCAAAGCCCUUGGGCAGCUUGCGUUAGCGGCCCGAAUCGGCAACAGAGCGAUCAACAGCAGCAGCAGGACCAGCAGCAGCAGCUGAUGCCGACGCAGCAGCAGCAAGAGCUGCAGCAGCUGCUGCAGCAGCAGCAACGGGGAUCCCCUUCUGUUUGGUUUGCCUUUGGGCCCCCGCAGCAGCACAGAGGCAUUGCUGCUGCUGUUCGCACUUGCAGAGAUCUCUCGCGAAUUGCUGUUGAGGACCUGUUGCUGCUGCUGCUGCCGUAG